AUGGAUGACGCCGAGAGAGAAGCGGACGCUGAAAGGCAGCGACAGCGGCGUGCCGCCCUCGAUGACGCUGGGCGCCUGGCAGAGGCCGAGAGGCAGCGACAGCGACGGGCUGACAUGCCCAACGAGGUACGUGACGCGGAACGGGCGGCCGACGCGAGGGGCCACAUGGAGGGGCGCCGCAGAGUCGACCGGGCCAAUCGAGCCGCCUGUGACGCCGACUCUGUGCUGUCCGGUCGCCAGCCGGUGGCCAGGCUCGACACGGGGGCACGCGACACGGUAUGUCCGCACUGCGGCGCCCUCCUCUGGCGAGAGGAGCGGGCCACUCUGUGCUGUUCGGGGGGAAAGGUAAACCUAGAUCCCCUGCCCGCCCCGCCACCGCUGCUCCGUGAACUGUGGACGGGCGACACGCUGGAGGCACGCACAUUCAGACAGCACUCCCGGCGCCUGAACACGGCGCUGUCGCUGGCGUCUAUGAUGACACGGGAGGUGAGGCCGGCGGACGGUGGGUAUGCACCAUCAGUGAUCAUUCAAGGUAGGUUGUACCACCGCGUCGGUCCGCUGCAGGCCAGAGACGGGGAGCGGCCGUCGUUCGCCCAGAUUUAUGUGAAUGACCCGGACUGUGACGACCCGGCGGCCGAGGCCGCGCUGCGUCUAGGACACGUGCCGCUGCCCCGCGGCACCCGGGAGCCGGAGCGGGCGCGCCUGCUGACGCUGCUCGAACAGCUGCAGGUCCUGCUGCGUCAGGUAAAUCCCUAUGUGCAGGACUUUAUCCACGCCGCCGAGCUGCCGGAGGAGGAGGUUCAGCAGAGACUGGUGGUAAGUGCCGACGCCCGCCCGGCCGACCAGCACCCCCGACGGUACAACCGCGCCGAGGGGUUCCGGGAGGUGGCCGUGCUGAUGGACGAGGAGCCCGUCCAUCAGGACAUCGUGCUGCGUCGCCGUGCCGAUGCCGAAGGUCCGUUCCUCCAGACGGUAAAUGAGACGCACCGGGCGUUUGAGGCUCUGCACUUUGUGCUCCUUCUGCCGUUUGGCACAGACGGCUGGCAGCCCGACCUACGGCAGGCGGUGGCAAACGGGCGCGGGGACGUGAGGGGCGUGUCGCUGAUGCAGUACUACGCUCAUCGGCUGCAGCUGCGACCCGACCUCGAUGACUCACUGUUCCGCGCAGGACGCCUGUUUCAGGAGUACGUGUGCAUGGCUUUUGCGCGCGUAGAGACCCAGCGUCUGCUGUACCUGGCUCGGAACCAGGCCGGCCUGCGUGCCGAGCUGUACCAGCGCCUCCAGGACGCGCUGCCGGGGGACGCCGAAAGGGAGCUGGCCGGCGGAGACCGCGUCGGUCAGCGUGUCAUCCUGCCGGCUUCCUUCACCGGCGGGCCCCGGUACUACCAGCGCAGGUACCAAGACGCCAUGGCCAUCGUGCGAGUGUACGGCAGGCCGACGUACUUCGUGACGUUCACCUGCAACCCAAACUGGCCUGAGAUCCAGGCGGCGCUCCUGCCCGGCCAGGAUGCGCAGUCCCGCCCCGAUCUGGUGGCCAGGGUGUUCCACCUAAAGCUGAAGGCCCUGCUGAAGGAGCUCACCACCAGCGGCAUCUUCGGACGCUGUGUCUCCAUGCUGAUGGUGGUCGAGUUCCAAAAACGAGGUCUGCCGCACGGCCAUAUCCUGGUCAUCGUCCGGCAGGAGGACCGCCCGCGGACUGCCGACGAUGUAGACGCGGUGAUCACGGCGGAACUGCCCGACCCAGCCAGGUCAGACCAGGCGCGCCGCCUGCACGAGAUCGUGGUGAGUACCAUGGUACACCGCCAGUGCGGCGCCGCCAACCCGACGGCCGCCUGCAUGGAUGGCGGCCGCUGCUCCAAGGGCUUUCCCAAGCCGUUCGCCAACGAGACAGAGUGGCGGGAUGACCAUCCGUACCCUGUCUACAGGCGGCGACCGGCAGCCGAGGGCGGCCAGGAGUUUGUGCGUGACGGGCGGCUCAUCACCAACCAGUGGGUGGUACCCUUCUCUCCAUACCUGUCCCUGAAAUAUGAGGCUCACGUGAACGUGGAGGUGUGCUGUUCGGUGCAGAGUGUCAAGUAUCUUUUCAGGUACAUCUACAAGGGCCCGGACCGCCAGAUGGUGCGCGCUGACAACCUGAUCGGCGGCGAUGACGAGAUCGCAGAGUACCAGGACAUGCGCUCGAUCGGUGCCAGUGAAGCCUGCUGGCGUCUGUUCGACAUGCCGAUGAGCCAGCGGCAGCCGAACGUGGUCGCUCUACAGGUGCACCUCGAGGAUCACCAGCUGGUGUACUUCGAGCCGGGACAGGAGCGGCAGGCGGCUCAGGCCGCCCGACGCACCCAUCUCACCGCCUGGCUGGAGUAUAACCGGGAGUCGGCCGCCGCCGACCCGGACUGCCGCCGACUGCUCUACCCGGACUUCCCGUCGCGGUAUACCUGGCAGGCCGGCCAGAAGGUGUGGCGCAAACGGCGCCAACAGCAGGCGGCAGAGGCAAUCGGCCGCGUGGUGAGCCUCUCACCACGUCACGGCGACGUGUUCUACCUCCGCGUGCUGCUGCACCACGUCGCGGGGGCGGCGUCCUUUGAGGAGCUGCGCACCGUGGACGGCGUGGUCUGUGCCACCUAUCGUGAGGCGUGCUGCCUGCGUGGCCUUCUGCAGGACGACCGCGAGUGGGAGGUGACGAUGGAGGACGCGGCGCACGCACAGAUGCCGGCUCAAAUCCGGCGCCUCUUCGUGACGCUGCUGCUCUUCUGCGCACCAGCCGAUCCGUCAGAGCUGUUCCGGCGUCACCUGGACGCCAUGUCUGAUGACUUCGGCCGUCGUCAUCGCGACCUGCCGGACGAGCUGCGCGCUGCACUAACACUGGUGGACCUGGAGCGGCAGCUACAGCAGGCCGGCAAAGAGCUCCGAGACUUCGGUCUGCCGGAGGUGACGCCCGAUCAGCGGGCGCGGGCAGCUGAGCUGCAGCAGGCCGCCGAGCUGCGCCAGCUGCCGCGGCUCAUUCAAGAGGAGCUGGAAUAUGACGCAGCAGCGCUCAGAGACCAGGUGGCCAUCCAGCUGCCCACUCUGCUGCCGCCGCAGCGCCACGUCUUCGACCUGGUAAUGACGGCCGUCGACGGGCGGCGUCCGCUGGCCGUGUUCGUGGACGCCGCUGGUGGCACCGGAAAGACGUACGUCUUCAACACGCUGCUGGCGGCGGUGCGCUCGCAGGGUAUGGCACCGCUGCAGGUGGACGCGACAUCAACGUGCGCCAUCAGCGCGCAGAGCCCGCUGGCGGAGCUCAUCCGACGGACGGCGCUCAUCGUGUGGGACGAGGCCCCCAUGGCCCACCGUCACCACCUGGAGGCGUUCGACCGCACGCUGCGUGACGUCACUGGCAGCGAGGAGCCGUUCGGCGGAAAAGUCCUCGUGCUGGGCGGGGAUUUCCGCCAAAUUCUCCCAGUCAUCAG